UGGGCUUUUCAAGAAGAGCACGUUGAUGACUUAGAAUGGUUCUUCGCUUGGACUACAGGAGAGAAAGGAAGGCCGGAGCGUAAUAUUACAGCUUGUGGUGAUUUUAUUUCUUUAGUUUCUUGUUCUGUCUCACGCUAUACUUCACACUUGUUCCAGCGAGUUAUAUUCGCCCCGUUGUUGAAGUCGUGCUGAAGAACUUCUACGAGGUAGCCAUGUCAGUUCCAGAGAUGUUUAGCUACAUCCAGGGUUUUUUAACUGCAGAUCAAGAUAUUCGCGAGGACAUAAGAAAAGUUGUCCAAAUGCUUGAGCAGACUGCCAGAGAGACACUCACCAUCCUUCAAAGUGUCCACCAACCAAGUGGCUUCAAAGACAUUCCCAACAAGUGUCUGAAGGCCAGGGAGCUGUUUUGUACCGUUCAAACCCAAAUUGGUGAGCUGAAAACAAAGUUCCCUGUGGAGCAGUAUUACAGGUUUCAUGAGCACUGGAGGUUUGUUCUGCAGCGCCUGACGUUUCUUGCUGCUUUUGUGGUUUAUUUGGAGAGCGAGUCCUUGGUGACACGAGAGGAGGUGGCAAAAAUACUUGGAAUUGAAGUGGACAGAGAAAAAGGAUUCCAUUUAGACCUUGAAGAUUAUCUAGCGGGGAUUCUUAUUUUGGCCAGUGAACUGUCAAGGUUGGCAGUCAAUAGUGUAACAGCUGGAGACUAUGGACGGCCUCUUCGUAUCUCAAAUUUCAUCAACGAACUUGAUUCUGGUUUUCGCCUGCUGAAUCUGAAAAAUGACCCACUUCGUAAACGCUAUGAUGGUCUCAAGUAUGACGUGAAGAAGAUAGAGGAGGUAGUGUAUGACCUAUCUAUCCGUGGCCUUGCAAAGGAGCAGGAAGCCGGGGGAGAUAAGUAGAGACGAGAGGAACAGAAGAGGCCUUGGGGCAAAUACCCUGGCUGGGAUUCUCCAUGAGUGCAAGAAUGGAGAUUUAACCUGCCAGUGGGCAGGCACAUGGAGGAAAAGAAAAUCGGAUGGAGGUGUUGAAGCCCCAGUAGCCUUUGACAGUGGUGUGGAUUUUAUAGCCAACUGUCUGCCCUAGUGGAAAGCUGUUUAGGCCUGAUAAAAAUGUGAGAAGCUGUGAAAUGGAGGAAGUUUACUCAUGUACAGUUCAUCUGUAUGCUUGGGUGGAUGUCAUUUUGCUAUUCUUUAUUGUUCUGUGCUGGUUAUCAUCACCCCCCCCCCCUCCCUUUUUUUUUUUUU